AUGUACACGUUCAAUCCCUUGAGGCGACUUGGGUUUCAGCUAGGUCUCAAUUCUUCGUACAAACCAUUCACAUUUCGGUCGUUGCGUUCUCAUCUCUUACGCCGUCGCUUUCAAUCAACUACAACUACCACACCAAAUGGUACUCAUCCACCACCUAAGAAACCUCAAGGUAUUAAAGCUUUGAUGAAGGAAUACGGGUACCCUGCAUUGGGUGUAUACCUUGCGCUUUCCUUUGUCGAUUUGCCUAUAUGUUAUGUACUUGUGCAUUCUAUGGGUAAAGAGAAAAUUGAAUACUACGAAAAUAAAGUUAAGCAACAGUUUGGAUAUGGGUUGAGUGAUGAAGAAUUACAAAGAAAGCAAGAGAUUGAGGAAAUACACGAGCGUAUAGAAGAAGGGAAAGACCCCAAUGCUCGUGCCAACAAGCAGAAAGAAAAAGAAAAUAUGCAGAGUAUGGUGGGAUAUCUCAAAAGCCAAUUUUCAUGGACAGAAUUCCUUAUUGCUUAUGGAUUGCACAAGAGUUUGAUAUUUAUUCGUUUACCAAUAACUGCGGCAAUCACACCUAGUGUUGUGAAGUUGUUGAGAUCGUGGGGUUUUAGAAUUGGACAAGAUAAAUUAAGAACUAGUGCCAAAUUGGCCAAAGAUCUAGCAAAAUCGGGUAUUAAUGAUUUUACUGCAUCUAACCCGAAAUUUGGUAGUCGACCUGGCAAAAGAAAGUGGUGGUGGUUCUUUUAG